ACAAAGUAACAAUUACAGUUUUCCAAAUUACUUACAUGAAUAUGGUCAUAAUGUUGUACAUGUAUAGAUACAUUUCAAAAAUAUUUAACAGGUUACCAUCCACAAGAGAUGAGGUAUUAAGGACAAAAGUGGGAUUUUUCAGGAAGUGCAGGAUACCCAACAUCAUAGGAGCAGUGGAUGGAACAUUGGUCCCUAUUCUUGCUCCUAAGGACAAUGGGGUUGCCUUCAUAUGCAGGAAGGGUUACCAUGCCAUCAAUGUCAUGGCUGUAUGUGACCAUGAAAUGAGAUUCACUGACAUUGUAGCCAGAUGGCCAGGUUCCCAGCAUGAUGCAGCUGUGUUUGAUGUAUCUACACUAAAGGACCACCUUGAGACCAACCAGACAGGCAUUUUACUUGGUGAUGGCGGUUAUCCACUCCGUCCAUACCUAGUGACCCCAUUACUCAAUCCUACCACUCCACAAGAGGUUGCCUUCAACAAGGCCCAAAUCAGGGGACGUAUAGUGAUUGAGAGGAGUUUCGGACUUCUAAAAUCCCGUUUCAGAUGCCUACAUAGAUCAGGAGGAGCGCUACAAUACACACCAACCAAAUGUUGCAAAAUUGUUGUGGCAUGUGUAAAGUUGCACAACUUUUGUAUCGAAAACAAUGUUCCAUUUCCAGCUGACAUGAUGAUGGAUAAUGACAAUGACAAUGCUCAAGCAGCUUGCCAAAUUGCACAACAGAAUGAACAAGGACAGACCAUGCGUCGCAGAAUUGUGAACAUGUUCCAUUAAAGUGAAAGUAUAUUUCAAUACCAGUACCCAAUUCCUCAAAACUGCUCAAUUUUGUUAUAAUAUGAUUUAACUUCGCUAAAUAUUACUGAUCUUUUCAAGCACAUGCUGUAUAUACUUCUUUUAAAAUGUUAAGCCUGUUAAUGGAAGUUAUUUAUUUGGUAAAUAGGAAUAACAAAUUAUUAUUUAUAAAAAUCUAGUUUAAAUUUGAUAUUUUGCAAAAUAAAAGGAACUACUUAAAGCCUGUUAAGUUUCAAGAAAUUGGGGUCAGGAUUGUUAAAGUAACUUUGCACCAGAUGAUCAAUUUGCAAGAAAAUUGUCGAAAACUGACAUAAACUUGGUAUUAAUGUGUACGAUGCAUUGAAACUUACUAUAAACUAGAGUUCCUCAUAGUUUAUAAUUUAUUUAGCAGUUAUUAUGUAUUUUUCAAUUAAAAAAUAUUACUGGGUAUGUCUACCUAGUAGAAAUCAUUCCUAAUGCGUGAUUGGCUAGUCGUUGUUAUCACAUGAGAUUAACAAGUUAGGUAUACAGCUUAAAUAUACCACUCGUUUAAAGUAAGCCUUCAUAGCAUAGUGGUGAACAGUCCCUUUAAGAUAAAAAAAAUAUAGAUCCCUGACAAAGUUUUUUCUGUUUUUACAAACAUUUCUGUUUUAAAUGUAUGUACUUUUCAAUUGAAUAUAUAAUUUCUUAAUUUCAAGAGAUUAAUGUGAC